CCCACUUGAGUGCAAGGCUAAUCUCUGUGCAGAGGCACCGCCCCACUCCGCCUCCACCGGCCCCGCGGCUCCGCAGCCCUGCGCUCCCGGCCUGGUUUGCACAGCCUCACCAUGAGCUCUUCUGCAGCUAGCCCGCUCUUCGCGCCCGGCGAGGACUGCGGCCCCGCGUGGCGCGCGGCCCCCGCGGCCUAUGACGCGUCUGACACGCACCUGCAAAUCCUGGGCAAGCCAGUGAUGGAGCGUUGGGAGACCCCCUAUAUGCAUGCGCUAGCGGCGGCUGCUGCCUCCAGAGGGGGCCGGGUCUUGGAAGUGGGCUUCGGUAUGGCCAUUGCAGCCUCCAGGGUGCAACAGGCCCCCAUAGAGGAACACUGGAUUAUUGAGUGCAAUGAUGGGGUCUUCCAGCGUCUACAAGACUGGGCCCUGCGGCAGCCACAUAAGGUUGUUCCCUUGAAAGGCCUGUGGGAGGAGGUGGCACCUACCCUGCCUGACGGUCACUUUGAUGGGAUUCUAUAUGACACGUACCCGCUGUCUGAAGAGGCCUGGCACACUCACCAGUUCAACUUUAUUAAGCUCUCUUCCCAUGGUCCUACCCCUUCCUGUCCACUGGCCUCUCUGCAGAAUCAUGCCUUCCGCUUGCUGAAGACCGGGGGCGUCCUCACCUACUGCAACCUCACGUCCUGGGGGGAGCUCAUGAAGUCCAAAUACACAGACAUCACCACCAUGUUUGAGGAGACGCAGGUGCCUGCACUGCAGGAAGCUGGCUUCCUGAAAGAAAACAUCUGCACAGAGGUGAUGGCACUGGUGCCCCCAGCCGACUGCCGCUACUAUGCCUUCCCUCAGAUGAUCACACCCCUGGUCACCAAGCACUGAGCAGCCGGCCCAGGUCUACAAGGAGCCUGUGUCCUCCUCAGUACCUUUGUGGCUGGAUUGUGGGCUCCAGCCUCUCCACUGUCCCUCAGUGUGACAUCCUAACCUCUGCCUGGCACUGCCAUCUUCCCAGAGCUCAGGAGUAAAAUAAAUGCUAACAAGAAGACUA